AUGCAAGCAACUGUUGAAAACGUAUUUACAGUGAAAAGUAUUCAUUCAGUUAAAGACACAAUGGAUCUUAUUGAGAAAGAUAUAGAAGAACAAAAUGGAAUUGUCUUUGUUCGCAUUGAUCAAAAAAAAGCAGCCGAAGAAGCUGGUGUCAUUGGCCAGUUGGAUGAUACAGAAUUCAUUUUAUUUGGAAAUCCUAAAGUUGGUACUCAGUUAAUGGUCGCCAAUGGGUCGGUGUCGAUCGAACUUCCAUUGAGAGCUUCCUGUUGGAGACAAAAUGAAACUGUAUAUUUGAGUUUUAGAAAUCCACUGGCGUUGGAAAUACAGUACAAUCUAAGUUCAAAGAAAGAUGUACUUCAAAAGAUGACUGACAACAUCAUACAAAUGAUGAAAAAAUAUGAGGUAAUUUCAAACGGUGGUAGUAUGCUGGUAUUACACAUUCAUAUAGGUAUAUUUGGCAUAUUAUUGCUGCAUGCUUUAAUUCGUUGCAAUUAA